UGGUGACGACGGCGACGGUGAAGGAGACGACGACUACCACAGAAGCGACCCUCAGAUAGCUAUUUGUCUGGACUGCUUACGCAACACGGGACAGUCGGGGGAGAGCACUGUCACGGAUUUGAUGAAGAGGUUCAUCCGCUGCUCCAGUCGAGUUACCGUGGGAACGAUUAAGAAGUUUCUCAGUCUUAAACUCAAACUACCCAGCUCGUAUGAGCUGGAUGUUCUGUGUAACGGAGAGAUAAUGGGCAGAGAUCACACUAUGGAGUUUAUCUACAUGACUCGAUGGAGGCUACAUGGAGAGAAUACGUAUCCCAUGGUUCUCGAGUACCGGCCACGCAUCGACUUCGGCUGAACCACCACGGCUGCAAGAAGAGGACCACACAUGUACACACCAUAAUAUACAAAAGCAGACAUCUAUAUUUACACACACACACACACACACACACACACACACACAUGCGCGACCACAAUGUGCAGAGAAAGAGAAAGAUUUAAAUGUAUUUUUGUACAGCCGAUGAUGAUGAAGUGCAUACGUUGUUAUGGUAAAGAGGUUUUAUGCUACAUAGAAUAAUAUAUAUGCUAUAAUAUAUGAUAUUUUUAAAUGUAUGUCCCUGUGCCUAAAAAACCUGUUCAGAUCCCAGAAAUGAAGUACGACCAUAUCUUCACUUGCCUG